AUGUCAAUAACUAAAGGUGUCAACAACUUUUUGUGUAACAGAAGCCAAAUUCCUGGAUCCUGGGGGAUAGAAUUUCCGGAAGCAAUCGCCUUCGCCGUAGAUGCCGUGAACAGAGACCCCAACCUUCUUCCAAACUUGACUCUGGGAUUUUACGUUCUGGAUGACUGCUACUCUAGGAUAUUAUCCCUGGGGCAAUCGUUGUCGUUCUUGCCUCGGAGUGGACACACUGAGAGCAGGUUUGAUAACUCUACGUGUUCUGGUACGAGUUGUCCCCUUGAUGACGUGAUCAAAUAUCGCAGAGUUGUCGGGGUUUUGGCGCCAAUGCUGAGCUCGUCGGCGGUUCCGGUGUCCUACUUGUACACCACAGCUCGACUUCCGGUUGUGGGCUACUCAACGUCAACGGAUGAGCUGAGUGACAAGACCCUGCACCCAAACUUCCUCAGGGUCAUCAGCCCGGAUAAGUAUCAGGCGCUAGCCAUGCUUACGUUCAUAAAAAACAACGGCUGGUCGUAUGUCUCCAUAGUCUACUCCCAAGGUCCGUACGGCGAGCGUGCCUUCGACACGAUCAAGUCUUCUGCUGCCAGCUUCAACAUCUGUCUGGCAGUGACGCACCGGGUCCUGGACAGCGAGGAAAUGGAGCCUGUGGCGAGGUCCAUCUUAAGUUUUCCCCGAGCUCGCGCGGUCAUUCUUUUUUCGGACGUGGGUCCGACUUUAAGACUAUUGGACUACAUCGACAAGCUCAACGCAACUGGACACUUCAUAUGGAUUACCAGUGACUCUGCCACACUUACCGCUAAGGAGGAGUUUUUGCCGUAUAAGAAUCUUGUCAUCGUGCGGAAACGUGUAAUCUGA